GAAAAUUUCAAACGCAAAAUGGAGGGAAACGCAAAAAGCGCAAGGGACUUUUGAACGCCACCAGAAACUUCUCGCUUUCUCCACCCCCACCUCGCCGCCGCCGUGUGCCAGCGAUCCGGGGUCAGCCUCCGUCCGCCGCGCCCGACUCGCCCCGGUGGUGGUAGUUCCCGUCCCGCCUCCGCAAACCCACCCAGCGGCGGUGCGGCCCCCAUGCCGGCGCUCGAGGGGAUGGGGUCCGUGGUCGCGACUGUGAGUGGCUACCACGGCGACGAGAGGCACAGGCUCGUCAAGCUCAUCGCGGAGACCGGCGCGAGCUACGUCGGAUCCAUGAGCAGGUCCAUCACCCACCUGGUUUGCUGGCGGCUCGAGGGGAAGAAGUACGACAUCGCGAGGCGGCUCCGGACGCGCGUCGUCAGCCACCGGUGGUUCCAGGACUGCCUCAGGGAGGGGAGGCGACUCCCCGAGGACCCUUACUUGAUGGAAAGUGGUGAAGAAGCAGGACCAGUCCCAGAGUUGCCUGGUCGUCCUGAUACACGAGCCAAUAAAAAUGCAGUCAUGGAGGACAGAGCUUUGAAAGAGUUACCUGAUGAGUUCUGCAGUACUCCUCUUGCCAGCUAUACAGUUAAGCUUGAUGAUUCAGACUCUGAUUUUGAGCAUCAGGCAUGGUCUGAUUCAUCCCUGUUGAAAGAAAAUUUUGUUGGUUGUGGGAAUUCUAAGAAAAAUGAUUCAUCAGAUGUUAAGGAAAGAAGAAAACGUUUGAAGCGUGUGCAUAAAUCAACAUAUAAAGAUGUCCUACACCUGCAGGACAAUGCGUCAAGUGUCAUGCAAAUGACAACACAGACAAGACAAGGCCUUCGUGAAUCAAGUCACACAACGUCCCGGAGCAAAUCGAAGAAGGGAAACUUGUCAGGUUUUCUUGAUAAUGAGGGUCCUAGCAGGAUGGGAGAAAGGAACGAUCUUACAGAAAGCUGUGAAAAUGAUAGUUUGUCUGACAGAUUUGAUGAACCUCAAACUUUGGAUACUCUGUCUAUAGAAGGUCGAAGAAAAAUUACCAAGACGAAUGCAUCAUCAUCAUCAUCAUCACUUCGACAAAGUACCCUGGAAAGUCUAUUUGAGUUUGGUGAAAGUAGUAGGCAUGAACCAGACAGAAGUAAAGAGCAGGAAAAUGUUGAAUUAUACGAGAGUUCAGGAAACUUGCUGCCAUGUGAUUUGUCUGCACAGGAACCAGCUUUCUGUACUCAGGAGAAAAUAGAUCAAUGUAGCCUUGACACUGUAGCUGAUGAUGAAAAGAACGAUGACAAGUCCACCAUAGAAAAAUCAUCUAAUCUACCAAAACAAGCAGAGCUAUCAUGUGUUAUAUGCUGGACAGAUUUUUCCUCUACAAGGGGCAUCUUACCAUGUGGACACCGAUUCUGUUAUUCAUGCAUUCAAGGAUGGGCAGAUUGUCUGGCUUCUAGGGGAAAAGUCUCAACAUGUCCUCUUUGCAAAGCCAGUUUCACAUGGAUCAGUAAGGUGGACGAGGCAGGCACCUCCGAUCAGAAAAUAUACUCGCAGACCAUUCCUUGUGGAGCUUCUACCGACAGUUUCGUGUUCAGCAAUGAAGGCUACGACUUUUCUCGAUCAAUGGCUAGGCAAGGAGCAUGCUACCAGUGCCAGAGCCGUGAGCCCGAGGAGCUUCUUCUGAGCUGCCAUGUCUGCAGGUCGCAGUGGGUACACUCGUACUGCCUUGAUCCCCCGCUGAUGCCAUGGACAUGCGUGCACUGCAGAGAUCUGCGGAUGCAGUAUCAGCGUUAUCGCUAGCCCAAAAAUCUGAAUAUUCAUGUCAUAGCCUUAUAACCUUGCUACUUGUGCGAUUCGUUCCUCACCAGGCUGCUUGAGGUUCUAGAGGGAAGUUAUAUGUGAAGACAUGUUAAUUCAGCUGGUAAUUUCAUCCAUGCUUGUUAUUUGGUGAGGAUUCUCAAAAUUAAUCAAAAUU